AUGAAAUAUCAGGGAUUGGAAUUUAAAGGUGUUGUAAAGGUUGAGUUUGGAGAAGAAUUAGUAUUUGAAACUGUUGCAAGAGUUGGAGUUGAUUUGGAGAUGUAUUUGUUAAUCUUCUCCUUGUAA